AUGCCCUAUAAGGAUGUUUAGUAUUGAUAGAGAAGUCGUUGGCGUGUGUUUUCGGGGAAGAGAGGCUUUCAAUUUGCACAAACACCACCUACAGACUCCAGUGCUCCACCCCACAAACUCAAAACUUUCUAAUUCUGACACCUCUAAAUUUUCCCAACCACCAUCUCAGAUCACACCUUCUGUCUUCACUCCGAUCAUUAUUCUUCAUCUUGUCCCAACUUCUUUCAAAAUACAGGAAAAAAUGGCGAGUAGACAAUGAGGUAAGUUGAUAUGGGUUAUCUCAACUUCCAAGUAUUCCACUCUAUACCUACAUAACGGAGAAUUUCCUCCACAAUUUUCUUCAUUUCUCAUGGAAAAGCGUGUUUAUCAAGCUUGGAAGGGUAGCAAUCAUGGCUGGCUUGCGACUUGGUCUCUCCCUUUCUCUCUAUCUCUUCAGUAAAAUGGGGUAAACAGAAUUACAGAUAACAGGAUAAGAAAUUACCUACAUGGAUUUUGCUGCUGCUGGUUCUAAUCAAGAUAAAUUUCUUUUUGGUGGACGAGUAAUUUUGGGGCCAGAUGCUAAAUCCCUACUUGUCACCGUAUCGUUGAUCACUGUUCCAGCUGUUAUCUUCUGUAUAUUUGUAGCAUGGCACCUCCGUCAUGCGCACCAAUUCGCUUCACAUAAUGCUGGAUAUGCGAUCAUGGUGGUAGCCAUUGCUUUUACUAUAUACGUAUUGGUCCUGUUAGUGCGUACUUCAACAAGAGAUCCAGGUAUUGUACCACGAAAUUCGCAUCCACCUGAGGAAGAGUUCCGCUAUGACUCCUCUGUAGUUGAGAGUGGUGGAAGACAAACACCAGGCCUUCAAUUUCCUCGGACAAAAGAAGUUAUGGUUAAUGGAAUUCCAGUGAGGGUUAAGUAUUGUGACACAUGUAUGCUGUACCGCCCACCUCGUUGCUCUCACUGCUCGAUAUGCAACAACUGUGUGGAGCGUUUUGACCAUCAUUGUCCUUGGGUUGGUCAGUGUAUUGGACUGCGCAACUAUCGCUAUUUCUUUCUGUUUGUGUCCUCAGCUACUCUACUAUGCAUUUAUGUUUUUGCCUUUUCAGCCUUCUAUAUGAAGGUUCUGAUGAAUGACAAUCAUUAUUCUGUUUGGAGGGCAAUGAAAGAUUCACCUGCAUCAGUUAUACUCAUGGCUUAUUGUUUCAUAUCUUUGUGGUUUGUUGGUGGACUCACUGGAUUUCAUUUGUACCUUAUAGGCACAAACCAGACAACAUAUGAGAACUUCCGUUACAGAACUGACAGCAGGCUCAAUGUCUACAAUCGAGGGUGUUUUGAUAACUUUGCUGAAGUGUUCUGCACAAAGAUAAAAUCAUCAAGAAACAAAUUCCGGGAUUUUGUUCAGGAAGAGGUACAAAGGGCACCUCCUCAGCGAACCACCCCCGAAAAUGAAACAGUGGAUGAUUCAGGUGAUCACCGUACUAAGGUACAUAAUGACUUAGAGCUUGGAGGAGAUCUGCUAAAACUUUCACAGCGGCGUAAUGUCGAAGACAUAGAGGAUGAUAUGCGCAGUAGAGGCAGUCAUGGACUUCAUAAUAGUUCAGAGGGCGACUCUUAUGUGGGCUCGGAUUAUCAUACUCCUCCGAUCCGCGCAGAUAUCCGUCACUCCAGUUGGGGUAGAAGUGGGAGCUGGGAAAUUGCACCCGAUAUCUCAACGAAAGAUACCCAUGAGGGAUGAACUUGCUACUGCUUAUGGAAUCAUGAUUCACGGAAGUUGAUUGGUUGACAGGCGCUAUGAUUUAUUUUGUACAUUCGACGUCUUGGAGUUGAAAUUUAACCCCCAUUUGGUUGGCAAUCUCCUACAACUAGGGAUAUCAUCUCCCAAGUUGUAUCUUACUGCUUCGUUCUUUUUGACUUUUAUCGAAAGCAGUAGUGAAUAGAAACGUGAGCUCUAGAAAGAUAUAAUUUUGACAUGGUCUGUUGUUACCUUUUAUUGGAAUUAUAUCGGCCUUGCUGGUAAUUCUUUUUUUGUAAAUACGAAUUUUUAGGAUGAAAUUUUGUAACUACUAUUCCAACUCCAUGCAUUGUGCUUUGGUUGUGGUGUGAUUCAAGCAUUUUUCUCAUUAAUAUGCAGCAUUUGAGUAGAACA